AUGGGAGGAUCUAUUAGCUCACGGGCUUUGCAGCGCGCACGAAGCUCAGGAUCCCCCUUUUUCGGAGUAUGUUCCUUUGGCUGGCGUUGCGCGCCUUAUUUGUGUUAUACGCGCCAAAUCAUUGGUGAGGUUCUGUGGGGCCUCGCAAUGAUGACGGAGGAUGUUGUACGUGCGUCUCUCAAGGCAAAGCAGGCCAUAUUUGACAAGGGCUUUCGUGUGUGGUCAACCCUUUAUCAUAUCGCUCAAACAGAAAAAGCUCUGCCCGAAAGCUGCCUUCAGCUCCAAAGGACAUUUACACACCUGCCGCACUUUACUCUAGCCUUAGAUUUAAAAAAUUGCUAUGGUGUACUAUACGCGACGAGAUCCUCAACCUGGGAAACAAAUGGCCCUAAAGAGCUCCCCUUUGUUGAAAAGGAUCUCAAAAUAUAUGUCUCGGCCACAACUCCCACUCGUCUCACGCUGUCGUCUGAUCAUCACCAUGACUAUCGGAAAUGGUUUGGCUGCAACGAGGACCAUAUUUCCCUCGGUAGGCAGAGCUUAUGCCUGGCUCUGUACUUGAGUACACCGAUAGCCAGCCAGCCCAGAAAGGCGGUGAUCAGGAUACCAUCUUAUGACGCAGUGAGAUGGUGGAAGGCAGUCUUGGCCCCUGGAAAGGGUUGGAGAGCUUGUAUACCUUCCGAUAAAGCUGAUUAUAAAACCCCUUGGUCAAUCCAAUACAGUCCGCCGCAGGGAUUACCUAUAUCAUCCUCAGCUGCCCUCCACUACCUCUCUGAGUACUGCAAUCUCCACAAUACCAUGGAUCAAAGCCACGCAGCACUCUCUGUAGCUAUAAUGUUCUCUCUUCCCCGCUCCAGGAGGCAACAUGUUUGCCUACCAGCGCCUAGGCUCAGACGCGGAGGGCGAACCGCACCGAAUGAAGCGAAGACACAGAUCGGCCAUGAGUGGAUACAGAUGUCCUGCCAUUUGGACAAAUUACUUGUCCUGAGCUGCAACACAAGAGGGGUAGAAUCACUACUAUCUAACAUCUUCUACGACAGUGAGGUGGCUUGCAAUUUGGUAAGCCCGUGGCUAAAGGCCGCCUUCGCUAUCCUUGACUCCGUUAACGGGAAUUUGGGAUAG